UGCCCCCUCUAGUCUGAGGCUGAGCCCAGUAAUGCUCUGUUCAACAAGCAAAAGAUUAGAUAGCGGUAACAAUUUCAAGUGGGCCACACAUUCCUCCUCUUAUACUCGUACUCCUCCUCGCCCCAUCCGAUUCCCAAGCUUUCCGUCUCCUCAAUUGACUUGCCAAAUUCUAUCCCUAAUUCCCCGGCAACCUCAAACGUCAAUGGCCGCCAGCGACGCUGAUGUGGAGACUGGCGGUUGCAAUUAUGCCGAGAUCAUCGUGAUUCGUCACGGCGAGACGGAGUGGAAUGCUGAUGGCAGGAUUCAGGGGCAUCUUGAUGUUAACCUAAAUGAGGUUGGAAGACAACAAGCAGAUACGGUGGCUGCAAGACUAUCCAGGGAACCUAAAAUUUCUGCAGUCUACUCCUCGGACUUGAGUAGAGCUCAUGAGACAGCAGAGAUAAUUGCAAGGAAUUGUGGUGGACUUGAGGUUGUUAAAGAUCGUGACCUUCGAGAAAGAAAUUUAGGAGCCCUUCAAGGUCUUGUAUAUCAUGAAAUAGCGAAGAUCAACCCAGAGGCACAUAAAGCUUUUGUGUCUCAUAGUAAAGAUCAAGAGAUUCCAGGUGGCGGGGAAAGUCUCAAUCAACUUUAUCGACGUGCUACGUCUUGUCUGCAGAAGAUUGGAGAAAAACACAAAGGGGAGCGAGUUGUUGUAGUCACUCAUGGCGGUUUUAUUAGAGCACUUCACAGGCGAGCCACAACACAUCACCGAGUGGGGAAGGUAUUGAAUACAUCUGUCAAUGUGUUUCACCUUUCUGAUGGGGGUAAAUGGAGCAUUAAAACCUGGGGUGAUGUUAGUCAUUUAAGUGAAACAGGAUUUCUGAAAUCCGGCUUCGGCGGUGAUAGUAAUUCUGGGUAGCUUCCCCAUAUUAGUAUACAGUGGGGAAUUCAAUUUGAAGCCUCAUCAGAAGAUUUUUGCUGAGGCAUACAAAUUGAUACAGCAUAAUUUAUGCUGUGCAUUUUGAUCUUAGAUUUUACAGAAUGACGAACAUUAUACUUGAAUCUUGAUCGAUGCAAGUCCCUCAGAUAUAAAAAUCAUACAUAUAUUAUCUAGGUACUGGUACCCCAAUGUUAUUUUAAAGGCUCUUGGGAUUACAAGAUAUACUUCUUCUUUUUUCUCAAAACGGGGUUGAAGAUAUUAUUUCUGUUGCAUGACCAUGUGCAAACAGCACAGACUUGUCAAUUGGCAUUUAUUUAUCUAGACCCAGUACAUGCUCAUUGUUUA